CAACCCCGAAAAUGAUCAAAGCCAGCUCCACUCCAAUUGUAAUUCUUGUCCUGAGCCUGAUGGCUCUGAGUUCGGCAGAACCGCUCCGGCGGAGAUUCUCCGCCCGGCAGGAACAGGCUCCACCCAGUCCUUCCCCCACGGGUUAUCCAGAGGCGGGAGUCACACCGAGUGUCCCCUUCGAUCUGCCCAUCACAGUCAAGCCGGAGAAUACUUACCUGCCACCGGAUAACACCUAUGGACCUCCUGAAAACACUUACGGACCACCAGAUAACACUUAUGGACCUCCAGAGGCCGAUUUCGCGCCGGUAGCUGAUCCCGAGUCGCAGCCGCAGCCUGAAAGUCCCCUUCCCGAGACCGAUGAUAUUCCAGAGACUGAGGAAGAGUCGGUGGACAGCGCCAAGUUGCAGCCCGCUGAUGCGGACGCAGAGGAGGAGGAACCGCAGUUGGAGGUGUCUGAGGAUGGCGCUGUCAUCGUCGUGGCUAGCAGUCUCGACCAACCACAGCCCGCCCCGGCUCUACCAGCGAUUCCCCAGGGUCGCCGUUACCAGCAACCCGUUCCCCAGCGACUGAUCCUGCGUCGCAGUUGGUAGACUUCCAGGAGUGUUCCAAAGAAGUCAUAGGCUAGAAUUUACUGUUUAGCUGCUUACCACACAAAGAAACUAUUGUGUCUGACAAAAUCUAAUUCUUUAACUUGCUUAUCUUUGAACCUUUGUUUGGACUGCAAU